AUGUGGGCCGCGCUGCCGCUGCUCUGCGCCGGGGCCUGGCUGCUGGGCGCCCCCGCCUGCGCCGCGCCGACCGCGAGCUCCCGAGAGAAGUUUCACUUCAAGUCAUGGAUGACACAGCAUCAGAAGACGUACAGCUCGCAGGAGUACCAUCGCAGGCUGCAGGUGUUCGCCCGCAACUUGAGGAAGAUCAACGCCCACAAUGAGAGGAACCACACGUUUAAAAUGGCAUUGAACCAGUUUUCAGACAUGAGCUUCGAUGAAAUAAAACACAAAUACCUUUGGUCACUGCCACAGAAUUGCUCAGCCACCAGAAGUAACUACCUUCGAGGUACUGGCCCCUACCCAAGCUCCGUAGACUGGCGGAAGAAAGGAAAUUUCGUUUCACCAGUGAAAAAUCAGGGAGCCUGUGGCAGCUGCUGGACUUUCUCCACCACCGGAGCCCUGGAGUCUGCUGUGGCCAUCGCCAGCGGGAAGAUGCUGUCUUUGGCCGAGCAGCAGCUGGUAGACUGUGCCCAGAACUUCAACAACCAUGGCUGCCAAGGAGGUCUUCCCAGCCAGGCCUUCGAGUAUAUCCUGUACAACAAAGGCAUCAUGGGAGAAGACGCCUACCCCUACCGGGGAAAGGACAGCCGCUGCAAGUUCAAGCCCCAGAAGGCCAUCGCAUUUGUCAAGGAUGUAGCCAACAUCACGCUGAACGAUGAGGAAGCGAUGGUGGAGGCCGUGGCCCUAUACAACCCCGUGAGCUUUGCUUUUGAGGUGACUGAAGAUUUCAUGAUGUAUAAAAGCGGUGUCUAUUCCAGCACUUCCUGUCAUAAAACUCCGGAUAAGGUCAAUCACGCCGUCCUGGCUGUUGGCUAUGGAGAACAGGACGGGAUACCCUACUGGAUUGUGAAGAACUCUUGGGGCACCCACUGGGGAACAAAAGGGUACUUCCUGAUCGAGCGGGGGAAGAACAUGUGUGGCCUGGCUGCCUGCGCCUCCUACCCCAUCCCCCAAGUGUGAGCCAGGACUGCGGAGGGGACUGGCUGCCGGAGACCCGCUGUGCAUGGAAGUCCCCCUCACUCCCCUCCCUCACUCCUGCACGGAGCCUGGAAACCUAAGGACAGUGAGGAAGAGGAGUCCACCAGCAGCAGGCGGGCCACCCCCAUGCCAGGCAUCACCAGCCUAGUGCCUUAAGUGUGAUUUUUCACUGACUCAAACCCCCAGGGACUGAGAGCAGUCUUCCUGUGUCUUUUCUUCAAUAAACAUGCAGCCAGUGCCUUCCUGGGCCAGGCCUGUCUUGGGCACAGGACUGGACAUGA